ACAGCGAAUCUGAAGCUUGUCCGCGUUUUAAACUGACCAAUGAGCGAUUUAUCAUCUUUGUUUGCGGAAGUGGAGCUGCUAUCCUCGAGAUGAGUACCUGUUCACUGGAGCAUCCCAACGGGCAGGAGGCCGACUCUGUCCCCGCCAAGCGGCUCUUCAAGGGGGAGUGCGCGCAGGAUGGGUCGGUCGGAGGGGGGAACGCAAGCAGGGCCGUGGAGGUGUCUAUAGUCAUGCCAGUGCAUAACGCCUCCUGCUGGCUGGAUGAUUGUCUGCAGGGGAUUUUGAACCAGGACUACACUGGCUCUAUGGAACUGUCUGUCUACGAUGACGCCAGCACUGAUGGUUCCAGAGCGAUAGUGGAGGGAUGGAGGGAGAGGCUGGAAAGGAGAGGUGUUUCCAUGGUGAUCUCUGGCCAUGACUCCGCCCAACCCAGGGGAGUGGGUCAUGCCAAGAACCAGGCUGUGUCUCAGAGCUCUGGAACCUACCUCUGCUUUCAGGACGCUGAUGAUGUGAUGAUGCCUCAGCGAAUACAUCUCCAAUACGAGGCCUGCCUCUUCAACUCUACCUCUUUGAUUGGCUGUCAGGUCCGCAGGGAUCCAGAGGGAUCUACUGAGCGCUACACACGCUGGAUCAACAACAUCAGCCAGGACCAACUCAGCACCCAGGUAACACACACUCAGGAUGUGUGUGUAUGUGGGAGUCGCGUGCCAGGCAGUGGCCAGGUCCGAUGGAAACAGGAUGCGUACCGGGAGCCUGCAGUUUACACACACACACACACAUACACACACACACACACACACACACACACACACACACACACACACACACACACACACACACACACACCCAAGGAAGCAGGAGGACCGCUUGUGUAAAAUUCCAGAAUUGUUUUACCUACAUUUGUGUGUGUGACUGAGAGAGAGAUGACUCCUGGCUUUAGGAUGGGCUGGUAUCGCGCAAAAUUCCCAGGUUUUCCAAAGAUCCCAGUUGGAAGAUUCCCGGAAUCAGGAGAGAAUAAGAAUCUUCCAACCAGGAAUUUUCUGAAAGUUGGCUGAAUUUUGCAACCCUAAAUACUUGAGUGGAAGUAAAGCUCUGUGAUUCAGCUCUAACUCAGUGGGAGGAAAGUAAAGCUCUGUGAUUCAGCUCUAACUCAGUGGGAGGAAUGUAAAGCUCUGUGAUUCAGCUCUAACUCAGUGAGAGGAAAGUAAAGCUCUGUGAUUUAGUGCAGUCCUGUCGUCUAGGAGACAGGACUGCAUACAACUGACCUGGAUUGUGCCUGGCUGGGCCACUUGUAGACACACACACACACAAACACACUCUGUACAGACACACACACACACACACACACACACACACACACACACACACACACACACAUUGUACAGACACACACACACACACACACUCUGUACACACUCUGUACAGACACACACGCUGUGUAUACACACACACUGUAUAGACACACACACACUCUGUACACACACUGUACAGACACACACACAGCCUAUAGAAUUCUUUUGCAGACAUUCCUAGUAAAUAUAAUGUCUAUGGUAUUGAAUUUCAUGGGCCAGAAUGAGAUCAUAGGUUCUGUUGGUGUGGUGAUUAUCUCUACAUAUGAGUUUCUCUCAAUCUCAUUCUCUCCCUCUCCCUCUUUCUCUCCCUCUUUCUCUCUCUCCCUCUCUCCCUCUCUUUCUCUCCCUCUUUCUCUCCCUCUCUUUCUCUCCCUCACACUUGUUCUAUUUCUCCUUCCCUUUGUGUGUAGUAAUCUAACCCCUCAGUAACCCUCUACUCCUUUCCCUCUCUCCUCCUCUCCUCUCUCUCUCCUUCUCUCUCUCCUCCUUCCCUCUCUCCUCCUCUCCUUCUCUCUCUCCUUCUAUCUCUCUCUCCUCUCCUGCUCUCUCUCUUCUCCUCUCCUGCUCUCUCUCUUCUCCUCUCCUGCUCUCUUUUCUCCUCUCCUGCUCUCUCUCUCUUCUCCUCUCCUUCUCUCUCUCCUCUCCUUCUCUCUCCUGCUCUCCUCUCCUUCUCUCUAUCUCUUCUCCUCUCCUUCUUUCUCUCUCUCCUGCUCUCCUCUCCUUCUCUCUCUCUCCUGCUCUCCUCUCCUUCUCUCGCUCUCUUCUCCUCUCCUUCUUUCUCACUCUCUUCUCUCCUCUCCUUCUCUCUCUCUCCUGCUCUCCUCUCCUUCUCUCUCACUCCUGCUCUCCUCUCCUCCUCUCUCUACCUCUCACCUCAUCUCCUUCUCUCUCUCUCUCCUCCUCUCCCCUCCUUCUCUCUCUACCUCUCUCCCCUCUCUCCUCCUCUCCUCUCUCUCUCUCUCUACCUCUGUCUCUUCUUCCCUCUCUCUCUCCUGCUCUCCUCUACUCCUCUCCUUUUCUCUCUACCUCUCUCCUCUCUCUCCUCCUUGUCUCUCUCUCUCUCUCUCCUAGGUUUAUCUAAGGUGCUGCUUGUUUUACUUCUGUGUGUGUGUGUGUGUGUGUGUGUGUGUGUGUGUGUGUGUGUGUGU